GUGAUAUUUAGCCUAUAUGAAAACAACAACAACAACGCGUCAAACCUAAGUUUAUAGAAUAGUUCAAAUGAGCGUAGAUUCUGAAAAGAAUGAUGUUCGGAAAGCUCUUUUUACUAGGCUCUUUCAAUCUCCAGGAAUACCGUGUACCGGCAAUGAAGAAGCAGAAUUCAAAGCCAACUCAUCCCUGAAUAGUAGACUUGAAAUAGAACAGGACACAGACGAACUGAUAAAGAAAACACAGAAAGAGGCGCAUGAAAAGAGAAUGAAGAAAUUUAGACAAAUGGCAAAGCAACUUGCUGAUGAUGAUUGGCUGUAUCCACCAAUUGAAAAACUGAUUGGACUCAAAUGAUGUUAAUCAUAUUUGUUGUAAACUGGACAUAACAUUAAUAUGUUAUGAAGCCUCAAUUGAAGACACUUUUACUGUGUAAAUGACAUCAGGACGGUUACUGUCAGUAUUUCAUUGACAACAGUAUGAUCAUAGUCCUUGCAGUGUUAGAUACUUUUCUAAGAUUGAAAAAGGUUUCAUUUGAAGGACAAGUGAUAACUAACUGGUACAUUUUGUCAUAAAUCUCAAACCCAUUACAGUCUAUUUAUUUAAAGUACAAGUCUUCAAAAAUAAAGAUGAAACACAGGUGCUUAUCUUGAUAUCUGGUAUAUUCUUAUUGCACCAGUCAACCAGAUCUUAGAUUUUAUACAUACGGUCACAAAUGAUACUUAUUUUGCCAAAUACGUCGUUUCAUUAUCACAUGUGUUUUGUUUUAAUUGUCUUAUGAUUUUCAUGAAUUAUAACUUAAAUAAAAAUAUAUUUGUUUA